GCGCGGUCGGGGCAGAGCCCGCCCGCCUGGCGGCCUGUGAGUGGGCGGCCGGGGGCUGGGGGCGGGCCUCGGGGCUGACGGGCAGGCGGCCGUCCCCGCCCCCCUCGCCCAGAGCGGCCGCGCCAGCGCCGGGCAUAGCAGAAGUGAGUACGUGAGCGGCGCAGCCAAGACCCGUCCUCGGACCCCUGACGCACCCCGAGUCCCGGAUCCGAGUUUGAGCCCGCGACGUACCCCGGAUUACCGUGCACCCCGAACGACGCGACCACCUGCGCUCCUUCUCGCUCCGGCUGGCCUCCCCAAGCCCUCUGGCUCCGAGCUCUCCAGCGCCCAAUCCUCCUGGACCGGUCUGUCCGGAUUCCCGCGGGAGACCGACCAGCCAGCCAGCAUCGCCGGCUCCAGGCGCUGCCGCCUCGGUCCCGGAGCCGCUCGCCUGCAUUGCACCCGCUCCCGGCCCGACCGACCUCCCGGGGACUGUGCGCGACGCGAGCCCGCCGCGGAGCCCGAAGCGCGGACCCUCCCCCGGGCGGCCGCCCGCAGCCCCGCCGGCGCGGCGAGGCGCGGCCCGGCCCGGCUCCCGGAGCGCCCCCGGCCAUGGCCCGAGCCCGCCCGCCGCCGCCGCCGCGCCUGCCGCUGCUCCCGCCGCUGCUGCUGCUGCCGCUGCUGCUGCCCGCCGGCUGCCACGCGCUCGAAGAGACCCUCAUGGACACAAAAUGGGUGACAUCUGAGUUGGCGUGGACAUCUCAUCCAGAAAGUGGGUGGGAAGAGGUGAGUGGCUACGACGAGGCCAUGAACCCCAUCCGCACGUACCAGGUGUGCAACGUGCACGAGUCGAGCCAGAACAACUGGCUCCGCACGGGCUUCAUCUGGCGGCGAGACGUGCAGCGGGUCUACGUGGAGCUCAAGUUCACGGUGCGCGACUGCAACAGCAUCCCCAACAUCCCCGGCUCCUGCAAGGAGACCUUCAACCUCUUCUACUACGAGGCCGACAGCGACGUGGCCUCGGCCUCCUCCCCCUUCUGGAUGGAGAACCCCUACGUCAAGGUGGACACCAUCGCGCCCGACGAGAGCUUCUCCAGGCUGGACGCCGGCCGAGUCAACACCAAGGUGCGCAGCUUCGGGCCGCUGUCCAAGGCCGGCUUCUACCUGGCCUUCCAGGACCAGGGCGCCUGCAUGUCGCUCAUCUCCGUGCGUGCCUUCUACAAGAAGUGUGCAUCCACCACCGCGGGCUUCGCCCUCUUCCCGGAGACCCUCACUGGGGCCGAGCCCACCUCCCUGGUCAUUGCCCCCGGCACCUGUAUCGCGAACGCUGUGGAGGUGUCGGUGCCGCUUAAGCUCUACUGCAACGGGGAUGGGGAGUGGAUGGUGCCCGUGGGCGCCUGCACCUGUGCCACCGGCCAUGAGCCAGCUGCCAAGGAGUCCCAGUGCCGUGCCUGUCCCCCGGGGAGCUACAAGGCGAAGCAGGGAGAGGGGCCCUGCCUCCCCUGCCCCUCCAACAGCCGCACCACCUCGCCAGCCGCCAGCAUCUGCACCUGCCACAAUAACUUCUACCGCGCGGACUCGGACUCCGCCGACAGUGCCUGCACCACCGUGCCAUCGCCCCCGCGGGGUGUGAUCUCCAAUGUGAACGAGACCUCGCUGAUCCUCGAGUGGAGUGAGCCCCGGGACCUGGGCGGCCGGGACGACCUCCUCUACAAUGUCAUCUGCAAGAAGUGCCACGGGGGCCCUGGGGCCGGGGGCCCCUCGGCCUGCUCCCGCUGCGAUGACAACGUCGAGUUCGUGCCUCGGCAGCUGGGCCUGACGGAGCGCCGGGUCCACAUCAGCCACCUGCUGGCCCACACGCGCUACACCUUUGAGGUGCAGGCGGUCAAUGGCGUCUCGGGCAAGAGCCCUAUGCCGCCCCGCUACGCGGCUGUGAACAUCACCACCAACCAGGCUGCCCCGUCCGAAGUGCCUACACUCCACCUGCACAGCAGCUCAGGCAGCAGCCUGACCCUGUCCUGGGCACCCCCCGAGCGGCCCAACGGCGUCAUCCUGGACUACGAGAUGAAGUACUUUGAGAAGAGUGAGGGCAUCGCCUCCACGGUGACCAGCCAGAAGAACUCCGUGCAGCUGGACGGGCUGCGGCCCGAGGCUCGCUACGUGGUCCAGGUCCGCGCCCGCACCGUCGCCGGCUACGGGCAGUACAGCCGCCCGGCGGAGUUUGAGACCACAAGUGAGAGAGGCUCCAGCGCCCUGCAGCUCCAGGAGCAGCUGCCCCUCAUCGUGGGCUCGGCCACGGCCGGGCUUGUCUUCGUGGUGGCUGUGGUGGUCAUUGCCGUCGUCUGCCUCAGGAAACAGCGCCAUGGCUCUGACUCAGAAUACACGGAGAAGCUGCAGCAAUACAUCGCUCCUGGCAUGAAGGUUUAUAUCGACCCUUUUACCUACGAGGACCCUAACGAGGCCGUGCGGGAGUUCGCCAAGGAGAUCGAUGUGUCUUGCGUCAAGAUCGAGGAGGUGAUUGGAGCUGGGGAGUUCGGGGAAGUGUGCCGGGGUCGACUGAAACAGCCCGGCCGCCGGGAGGUAUUCGUGGCCAUCAAGACGCUGAAGGUGGGCUACACCGAGAGGCAGCGACGGGACUUCCUAAGCGAGGCCUCCAUCAUGGGCCAGUUUGACCACCCCAACAUAAUCCGGCUGGAGGGCGUGGUCACCAAAAGUCGGCCAGUCAUGAUCCUCACCGAGUUCAUGGAGAACUGUGCCCUGGACUCGUUCCUCCGGCUCAACGAUGGACAGUUCACGGUCAUCCAGCUGGUGGGCAUGUUGCGGGGCAUUGCUGCUGGUAUGAAAUACCUGUCCGAGAUGAACUACGUGCACCGCGACCUGGCUGCCCGCAACAUCCUUGUCAACAGCAACCUGGUCUGCAAAGUCUCGGACUUUGGCCUCUCCCGCUUCCUGGAGGAUGACCCCUCUGAUCCCACCUACACCAGCUCCCUGGUACAGCAAGCAGCUGGGAGGGAGCCUGGGGGCGGGGCCAACCAGGCUCGGGGCUGGGGAUCAGCCCGGAGUCAUAGGGUGAAGGGCAUGUGCCCCCCCCACCAGGGUGGAAAGAUCCCCAUCCGCUGGACUGCCCCAGAGGCCAUAGCCUAUCGGAAGUUCACCUCCGCUAGCGACGUCUGGAGCUACGGAAUCGUCAUGUGGGAGGUCAUGAGCUAUGGCGAGCGACCCUACUGGGACAUGAGCAACCAGGAUGUCAUCAAUGCCGUGGAGCAGGAUUACCGGCUGCCCCCACCCAUGGACUGCCCCACAGCGCUGCACCAGCUCAUGCUGGACUGCUGGGUGCGGGACCGGAACCUCAGACCCAAAUUCUCCCAGAUUGUCAACACCCUGGACAAACUCAUCCGCAACGCUGCCAGUCUGAAGGUCAUUGCCAGCGCCCAGUCUGGCAUGUCACAGCCCCUCCUGGACCGCACAGUCCCGGAUUACACAACCUUCACGACCGUUGGGGACUGGCUGGAUGCCAUUAAGAUGGGGCGGUACAAGGAGAGCUUCGUCAGUGCGGGGUUUGCAUCCUUCGACCUGGUGGCUCAGAUGACCGCAGAAGACCUGCUCCGGAUCGGAGUCACCUUGGCUGGCCACCAGAAGAAGAUCCUCAGCAGCAUCCAGGACAUGCGGCUGCAGAUGAACCAGACGCUGCCGGUGCAGGUCUGACACCCAGCUCCCACCGGGUGUGCGUGCCCCGCAAGGACUACACAGGGACCCUGACCGGCAGGCUGGACUCUUAGACUUUCGGGUGCCCGGCCAUCGGCUGCGGCCCAGAAGAUGAACGUUUGGGGAGGCCCACGCUAGGACUUCUCCUCCAGGCCUGUGCUCCCUCCCCGGAAGGUGUGCCCAAAACCUCUUCAUAUUGAAGAUGGAUUAGCAGAGGGGUGAUGACUCCUCCUCAAGCCCCUCGGGGGGCCCAGGCCUUCCUGUUCUCCAGUGGGGGAUCCCCCACUGCUUCAGACGUGGCUGUUCUUCAGUGGAGGCCCUGGCAAGGGCAGGUUGGGGAUAAGCCUGGGUUCCAUAGGGCCCAGCCCUGGCAGGGGUCCGGCCCCCCAGGUAGGAAGAGAGCAGUCCCUCCCUCAGGAACUGGAGGAGGGGACUCCGGGAAUGGGGAAAUGUGACACCCCCAUUCCAAAGCCAACUGGCGCCUCCAGUUUGCACAGGGACUUGUUCUGGGGGCUGAGGGGCCCUGCCCCACCCCCGCCCUUGGUGCUGUCAUAAAAGGGCAGGCAGGGGCAGGCUGAGGAGCGGCCCUUGCCCCCCCCCAGAGACUGACUCUCAGAGCCAGACAUGGGUUGUGUGUGUGUGUGUGUGUGUGUGUGUGUGCAGAGAGCGUGGGUGAGCGUGUAAAAGCUUGGCCCUGGGCCCUGCAGUGGGCCCAGCUGGGCCUUUCAGCGGAAUAAAGGCAGUAAGA